AUGAAAGCAAUAGGUUCAUCUGAACUUAAUAGUUUUAAUAUUCUUCAUGCAAUUAAUGCUAUAUCUGAUGCGUGGAACAAUGUUACUCAUGAAACAAUUGCGAAUUGUUGGAUAAAGACAGGUAUUCUUCCUCAAUACCAAGUAGUUGAAAUGAAUCAGGCAUGUCAACAGGUACAAGUAAAGUUAGAAAGAAAGUGUGAGGAGCUUAGUGGUUUGAUAACCAAUUUGGCAAAAAAAAAUGAAAUUAAUGAUCCUAUGGAUGCAAAUGAAUUUAUAAACAUUGAUGCUAAAAUUAUUUUCAAGAUACCGUUUGAUACUAAUAUAAUCUGUGCUGUUGAAAAUAAGAAUGAACCCUUUCAGGAAGAAAUAAUAGAACCAGUACCCAAAAUUGCUGAUAAUGAUGCUCUAAAAGCUAUCAAUUUGAUUGAAACAUAUCUUUUGCAACAAUCGAUGAGUUCAAUGCUACUGAUAAUGAUAGAAAUACCAUCCAUCGGUUAA